GCCGUCGAAGCCUCCUCCUAAUUUCACGGGAACUACCGCCCUACAUGUAGCGGCUGAAGUGAACAACUGCGAUGCAGCUGCGCUACUCAUACUACAUCGCGCUGAUGUCAAUGCCAAAGAAUUCCUAACUGAAAUGAUGAGGCUCCUACUAGCCAGCGGUGCUGAUUGUGAAGCGAGAGACAACGAGGGACACAAUGCUUUGUGGUGGGCACAGAACGUGGGCUCGACUGAGGCUGCGGAUAUCCUGAGGGGGCCGCCAUGGAACUCAGUCGAAGGAUCUAUGACCCACGAAGAGCAGACAGCUCAUGUGUUGAAGACUCGGGAGCUCCUCGGUAUGAAGCCACUCGUAAUCCCGAAGAAAAGAGGAAAGAAGGGAAAAGCAAAAGGGAAGAGCAAAGCAACGAAGAAGAAAUAG